AUGAUUAAAUUUGCUUUAUUUCAUUUGAGAAAUCCCUUUAUUCAUCGUAUAAAUUUCUCAAGUUCAACAGCAAAAGCAAAACAAAGAGUUUUAACAAAAUAAUAAGAACAGUUUGUUAAUGAGCUUAAAACUACUUAUUAGUCUUUAGCUGAUAAUUUAUAAAGUAUGCUAUUACAAUAAUAAUAAAUUAAGGUGAAGAAUCUGUGCUUAAUUUAUUUAAAAAAGAUUAAGAGGAUGAAAAGUAAUAGUCAAAAGAGUCUCCAAAUGAAAAAGCUGUAAUUGCUUAAUAUAUGAAUAUUCUUAACUAUAGGUAUAUUCGAUUGAAAAUAUGAUUAGUUUUGCUUAAUAUUAUUAAAGUUUGAGUCCAGAAGAAUAAUUGAAAAGAAGUAAAGAUAUUAUAAGGUCUGAUGCAUUAAAAAAAGAUUGGGAUACCUUACUUAAAGAAAAUAGAGAUUAUUAAGAUUAUUCACUUUUUGAUAAGAAUUUAUUAGCAAUUAAAUAUAGUCAUAAAGAUUAUGAUGCUAAAGAUUCUAAAUAUAAAAAUAAAUUGAACUUUUAUGGUGAUUUAGAUGAAAAUGUUCAUGAAAGACAAGAAAAAGAAAAUGUUUAUAGUUUUAUAUAUUAAAACCCUGAAAAUAAAAAUAUUGCUGCUAGAAAGAUGCCAGAAAAGAGAAAAUUAAGAUUUUCAUUUAGAAAUAGAAGAAUAAAAAGAGUAAAUAGAGCAAAAGAACUCAUAUCAAAGAGAAUAUAAGAUAAUUAAAAAUGGUUGGUAAAUUCUGAUAAUUUUUCUAAAAAAAGACGUAGAAGACUUCCUGCUCCAAAAUUAUCAUUCAGAGCAAAAUUUGAAUUGUUUGGAUUAUUUAAUGAAGGUUGGUCAGUUAGAGAUUUAUCUAUAAAAUAUGGAAUAAUGCCAUAUAGAGUAAAGGCUAUCAUAUAUUAAAAACGAUACUUUUUUGAUGAAGUAUUCCCUCAUCUUCCUUUUGAAUAUGUAAGAGAUUUGAUUGCAAUUGAAUUAUAUUUUGAAAAAUAAUUUGGAGCUGUUGAUUAUGGUGUUGAUUUAUAAUAAAUGAGAAAAGUAGAAUCAGGAUAUCUAUAAACAAAGUAUUUAAUUAAAUAUAUAAUUAUUUUAGUUUCAAAACACCUGAUAGAAAUGUUGAUAUUGCAAAAUUAUCAGAUAAAGAAUAAGAAAGAAUAAAGAAAUUAUUUGAAGAAAAGAAAUCUAAAAAAUAUGAUAUAGUAACAGAGAAAUUUUAAGGAUAAGGAAAUAAAGGGUAUAAUAUUUAUAUUAUUUGAGUUAUUAUUUGAAAUCUUGGAUAAUGCAUAAAACACGUUCUAGACAUGGAGUCAAUAGAAUAUUUGAAAGAAUAAUUAAAGAUAGUGAUAAACCUUUUAAGUUACCUGUGACUGUUUAAGCUAGAUUAAAUUAAGGUCCUCGUAUUGCAAGCACUCAAUUUGGUCAUAAAUGAG